AUGCCCACUUCAAUUAUGGCACCAUUUUCCAUUUCCCACCACUUCGCAGCCUUCACCUUCCUCGUCUUGUUCCUCAAAACCCAAUCUUUUGAUCCAGUUUCUUCCUUUUCCUUCACAGAUUUUGAGAAAGAUCCAAAGUUCAAGUCAAGUGUAGAGCUUUAUGGCAAUGCAAAAGUUGUCAAUGGAGGUGCUGAAGUCCUUCUUUCUGGGAAUGGUGGGAGAGUCAUGUACAAGAAGCCCAUCAAGCUUGUUCAUGGUGGAGCAAGGGAAUUGGUCUCAUUUUCAACCUACUUUGGGUUUUCAAUGUCCUUGGAUAGUGGAAAGGAUAGCUUGGCUUUUGUGAUGGUUCCAAGUGGUGUUGCAGGUGAGGUUUUUGGUAAUAGUUCAUAUGGGUUUUCUUUUGGAUUGAAGGAAAGGGAAUUUAAGGUUGUUGGUGUUCAGUUUAGUGUUGACGGUAGGAAUGGGAGUUCUGGUAGUUGUGUUGUGUCCAUUAAUGUAGGUAGUUCUGUUCCUGUUAAGACAAUCAAUGCCUCAUCUGUCACUAUGGGUCUAAACAGUGAGGGUAAACUGCAUGCUUGGAUUGAUUAUGAAGCGAGUUCAAAGCGGUUAGAAGUUAGGUUGAAUCACUAUGGUCAAUCAAGGCCAUCUGAUCCAUUGCUUUGGUAUUCAAUUGACUUGUCGAAUGUUUGGGGGACUGAAGAGAUGUUCGCAGGGUUUAGUACACUGAAAGGGAAUAGUUCUCAAGCAUGUUUUCUCUAUUCAUGGAGCUUUAUUGUGAGGCACUUUCCACACUGGAUGCAUUCUGAACCUCUGAAUCCAAAGGUCCUUUCUAAGAACACUGAAACUCCUGCAGUGAAAUCUAGGAGUGAUUGCCUUUUGAGGGUUCUUGCUGCAAUGAUAUUUGGUGCUGGAUGUGGGGCAUUGACAGCAUUCAUUGUGCUCUAUUUGUGGACCAUCUUUGGUAAUAAACGACCAGUGGUGCCGGAGGAGUAUGCUAUGCAGCCUGUAGAUUUUGAGUACAAGAAAGUGAACAUUGUUGUAGAUAAAACCAUCAAAGAUGCUAAGGAGUAG